AGGUGACGGGGCGACGGUGACCCGGCCUGACCGAUCCCCGGCACUCCGGCCGGCCCCAGCGCAGAAACAGCCGUCAAAGAUAGUCACUGAUAAAGCGACGCGACACUAUCUCUGCACUCUGGAGUGGCAUCAGGUGGCUGGUCGCCGUCGACCCGGCCUGACCGAUCCACGGCGACCCGGCCGGCCCCGACGUAUAAAACGCUGAUUAGAGUCGGCAGUGAUGGGUGCUGCCGUCAGUGGGCUAAAGGCGGUGUCUGAGAGCACCGAGCUGGCAAAGCUGGUUGGUACCGAGCCUCUUCCAGCGGAUGACCCUUUCUGGCAGGGACUGCAUCAGUUUCAGCUGAGCAGGCGGCUGACCAGGUCGUCUCCGGACGAGUUCGGCCGCGAGUCGGCCUCCAAACGCUCCCGCAGCGCCUCGCUCGAGGACGACGCGUGCGGCCGGUCGUCACACACGUCGAAGAAGAAGAAGCACCACCAACGCUCCCAGAGUCACAAACAUAAGCACUCCAGCAGCAAACACAAGAAACACAAGCGAGACCGGGACAGACGUGACCGCGACCGGGAUCACUCGCGGUCGUUGGUGUCCCCGCGGCACAGUGACGGAGAGAGGGUCAGCUCGUCCGCCCCGGUGCCGCCGCCACCGCCGGCCGUGUCGAACGGCGCGCCGCUCCCCGUGACGCCUCCGGCGCCGGUGAGCCGUCCGGUGGAGGUAGAGGACUCGUCGGACGAUGAGGCACGCCGGCGACGCCCGUCCAUACCGCUCAGCCAUGAGGACACCAUUGACGCCAUGGACAUGCCGCACGUGUACCAGCCGGCGGCGCUCAACAGUUUCGUCAGCUCGCCCAUGUACGCGCCGCUGGAGAGUCUGCCCAGCCAGCAGCUGCCGGCCGUCAACCUGCCCAAGGACGCUGUCUACAAGCCGAGCAGGGACUACGUCCCCGUUCAACCGCAACCCGUCAAGAUGGCGUCUACCGGGUCGUCUCCGGACGAGUUCGGGCGCGAGUCGGCUUCAAAACGCUCCCGCAGCGCCUCACCCGAGGACGACGCGUGCGGCCGGUCGUCACACACGUCGAAGAAGAAGAAGCACCACCAACGCUCCCAGAGUCACAAACAUAAGCACUCCAGCAGCAAACACAAGAAACACAAGCGAGACCGGGACAGACGUGACCGCGACCGGGAUCACUCGCGGUCGUUGGUGUCCCCGCGGCACAAUAACGGAGAGCGGGUCAGCUCGCCCGCCCCGGUGCCGCCGCCACCGCCGGCCGUGUCGAACGGCGCGCCGCUCCCCGUGACGCCUCCGGCGCCGGUGAGCCGUCCGGUGGAGGUAGAGGACUCGUCGGACGAUGAGGCACGCCGGCGACGCCCGUCCAUACCGCUCAGCCACGAGGACACCAUUGACGCCACGGCGCGGGCGGAAGAACCGCAAGACGAGGAGCUGAGGCGGUCACCCGACCUGCAAGACGAGGAGCCCGUUCCAUUGCAGAGCGACGUCCCUCCGAGGAGACAUGGAAACUCAAAUAACACAAGAAAUUCACAAGAAAUGUGUGAAUUUAACGUAAGAAAAAUGAUUUCAAGCUGCCUCAACCGUCUAAAGUUCUUAGAGGAUUGUUUAGCGGAACAAGUACUUCCCAACUCGGCUCCGACUGCGAUGAAAAACAGCUCAAAACCUUUUAGUGACACUGCAAGGGUAUAUCUGGAGGAAGAGUGUGCUGAAAUCAAAGACAACAUUUAUAUUUUAAAAGACCAACUACGAGGAAUAAAACUAGCCAGAAGACAUGAAACGGAGUUAAAACAACUGAACGAAGAAGAACAGAAGAGACUGAAACGAAAACUCGAGAAACUUUGCUGCACAAGCAAGUGGAAAGAAGUUGGAAAUGUUGACCUCGUACAGAACCUAUCAUCACGAGAACUUUCUCAAUAUCAAGAAGAAGCUCUUGCUUUAGGAUUGAAGUUUGAUUCCGGGAAGGAUCGUUACACCUUAGCGGAACGUAUCGGGCAAAAUUACAAGAAAAGCGAGAGUGAGACAGACAAAGGAUUUAUUCAGGGUAUAUUGACCUGUUUUAAAGCGCUGGCGGACAGCGAACCGAGCAGAUUGCCGAGACGAUACACGCAAGCACUUAAACAACUGGCAAGUGACCGAAACAUCAUCGUAACUCAGGCUGAUGAAGGCGGAGGUAUAAUCAUAAUGGAUUCUGAGAGAUAUGACGAGAAAAUGAAAGAAAUGCUGCGUGACGAAAACAUAUACUUGAAAGUUCCAAGUGGUCAUGGGAAAAAGCAAAGCGAAACAUUUAACAAAAAAGCAAGAAAAAUCUUAAGAAGUUCAGAAAAGGGCAAGGGGUUGUAUCAGUUGAUUGAAGAAGCGCCCACCCUGCCCAAAAUGAAAGGAUUGCCAAAAGUACAUAAGCCCGACAUGCCAAUGCGUCCUAUCACUUCAGGAAUAGGAAGCGCGCCAUACAAGUUUGCGAAGAUACUGGCAAAACAUCUCAGUACACGCCUAGGAACCAUCAGCUCCACUCAUAUCAAAAACACUUCCGAAAUGAGGUCACAAAUCGCAGACAUAACAAACGCCACUGACAGGAAAUUAGCAAGCUUCUAUGUGAAGUCAUUAUUCACCAACGUUCCCGUUGACGACGCAUUAGACGCCAUACGAAAAGUAGUCGAAUCACUGAACGAAGACGAACUUCCUCUCCCGAAGAACGACUACAUGAAAAUGGUAGAUUUAUGUAUGAAAUUCGGUUGUUUUUCUUACAACGGCGAAGAGUACGUUCAACGUAGCGGCCUAGCCAUGGGAUCGCCAUUAAGUCCCAUUGCGGCAUGUCUUUUUAUGGAAACUCUUGAAGAAGAGCAUUUUCUGCAAAUUAUCGGUGAGAACUCGAUUUGGCUAAGAUAUGUGGAUAAUAUCCUCGUCAUCGUCCCAAAAGGCACUAGCCUAAACGAAAUGCUCGAAGAAAUGAAUAAGACACAUCCAAAGAUACAGUUCACCAUUGAAAAUGAAGAAGAUGGACAGCUGGCAUUUUUGGACACCUGUAUCGUGAGAACUCAGUCAUGCUUUAAAUUUAAGGUAUACAGGAAACCAACAAACAAGGAAGACUGUGCACAUUUUUAUUCGGCUCAUAGUGAACGUACAAAAAGCGACAUUGUGAUCAAUUUCUUUCUUAGGGCACUGAGAAUAUGCAGCAAGGAAUAUCUUCAGGAAGAGAUUGAAUAUAUUUACAAAACUUUUGAGAAGUUGAGAUAUCCUAAGGGAUUCCUAAUACAACAAAAAUGGAAAGCAAUGCGAAUUAAGAGAAGAAAUGGAAGCAAAGACAAAGACAAAGAAGUCAGAACAAGCACGAAGAAGAAGAAAACGAAAAGAUACAUAACAAUUCCGAAUUCGAGCAAAGCUGACGUAAUUUCGCGAGAACUCGAGAAAACGAACAUUCAGGUCGCAACGAAAACAGGAAUCCAGAUACAAGAAAUAGCCAAAACAACGUCAUCAGAUAAAAAUACAAAUGAAGAAAAGAGUGUAGUAUACGAAAUCCCUUGCAAAGGUUGCGAAAAAAGUUACGUAGGUGAAACAGGACGGGGCAUUGACGUACGCCUAAAAGAACAUCGAAGCAAUGUCAAAUAUCAUAGAGGGUCGAAUGCCAUCGUCCGUCAUGAAGACAAAUGCAAUCAUUUACCAGACUGGGCUGAGACAAAAAUAUUAGAAAGAAAUAUAGAAAAGAAGACAAGAAAAACGUUAGAAGCCGCUCAUAUCAUCACCCGGGACACAUUCAAUUCGAGAAAUGGGUUCAUUUCAUUGUCAUCCUGGGCAGCAAAACUGGCGGUACCUGACGCACUACCUAGACAUCAGCAGCCGCCCAGGACGAAAGGUCACAGUCAGCGCUGACGGCGAGACCAUGGAGCUGGUGCUGCCGGAGGGCGGGCCCAUCACCGCCUCGCUGUGCGACUUUCUCAAGAAGAUGCACAUCACGGGCACCGGCUCCACCGUCUCCCCCAGUCAUCUGCUCAGAAAGAUCGCCCUGAAGGUGCCCCAGUUUGUGGGCUGCGACCAGCAGGACGCACACGAGCUGCUGCGAGCGCUCAUGGAGCAGGCGCGGCUUGAGGAUCUCCGGCGGCACCAGAAGCAGAUCCUGCUCGGUCUGGGGCUGCCGGCCAAGGCCGACCCCAAGGAAGUACCCGACGACAUGAAGGCGCGUGCCAAGGCGCUGGGCCACCAGGUAUCGCAUACGACCAUCGACUCCAUCUUCAGCGGCCAGCUGGUCAGCCUGGUGGUGUGUCAGGCCUGCAUGGCCUGCACACACCGCAUGGAGCCCUUCCUCGACCUCUCGCUGCCCGCCGCCGAAGAUAUCAUCUUCAGCCUGCUGUCGGAGCUCGACCCGCCGCCGGCCUCGGUCAGUGGGGAUUCGACGGAAGACGAGCUGAACGAACCGCCGGCCUCAGUCAGUCCGGACCCGCCGGCUGACGAGCCGCCGGCCUCGGUCAACCCCGACCCGCCGGCUGACGAGCCGCCUGCCUCGGUCAGUCCGGACCCGCCGGCCGACCUGGCCGCGGAGGAGCUCUCGGAGCGGCUCAGCGCGCUGAUUGUGGACCGCGCCGGCGCCGCGGCCGCUGCGGACUCGUGUGGGGACGAGCCGGGCCCGCUGACGGUGAACGGCCGGCCGUCGUCACCGGUGGAGGCGGACGCGGCGCCGGCCGGGCUGGUGCCACUGGUCGGGGAGAGUGCUGACAAAGCCCCGAACGGUGCGCCGGAGACGGCGGGAGCGGACCAGGUGGGGGAGAAGCAGAGCUCUGUGCCGGCGGAGAACUGCGGAGAGGCUGUGGAGGCGCGUGAGAACAGUCUGGGCGCUCCGAACGGUCACUGCGGAAGGGCAGCCGAGGAGGCCCCGCGGGAGGGCCAGUCGCCGUCACCCGGUGAGGUGCCGGGCGGUGUGCCGACGGAGGCAGUGGCGAACGGCCAGAGCUCAACGGCAGGGGUGGCGGACGGCGGCGAACUCCAGUCUGCGCCGAACGGCGGGACCUGCGCGCCAACCGAGUCUGCCCCGGCCGAAGGGACGGGGACCCCCUCACCGGCGGCCAAUCCCUCGGACGGCCCGCCGCCGCCGCUGAGCCGCUGUGAGUGGCUCAGUCGAGCUCUGACCACCCUGGCGCCGCGCUACCAGGCGGCCGCCGGCGAGUGCAGCCUGCUCACCUGCCUUAACCAGUACACGGCGCCCGAGCUGCUCACCGGCAACAACAAGUUCGGUUGCGACAACUGCACCGAGCUGCGCAACAAACGGCUCACGGCGGCUGAAAAAGCAGCUGAGAAGAAACUCGGCACAGUAUACAGCAACGCCAGGAAGCAGCUGCUCAUCUACAGUCCGCCGCCGGUGCUGACCAUCCACCUGAAGCGGUUCGAGGUGUGCAGCUUCAGCCUGCGGAAGGUGAACCGGCACGUGCAGUUCGGCGAGCGGCUCGAUCUGGCCCCCUUCUGUUCCUCCAUCAGCCAGGACCUGCCUCAGAUGCGGGCCGGCCAGCGGCGGGUGCUCUACUCGCUGUUUGGUGUCGUUGAGCACAGCGGUCGACUGACCAGCGGCCACUACACAGCCUACGUGCGCGUGCGCCGCCGUCACGACCAGCUCACCGUCAACCCUGCGCGACUCACCACACUCGUCACCGACGCGUUCGCCGUGGCGUGUGAGCGGGCGAGGCAGCGCGCCGAGCAGACCCGACCGGAGACCACGGACGGACCGUCCCCGGUCAGGCCCGCAGAGGAGGGCCGGGAAGACGGGGAGGGCGAGGACCCCGCCGCCGCGCCACAGGAGUCACAGACGGAUCAAAAACAGCCCGCCCCGGAGCCCGAGACGGAGCCGGAGCCGCAGCCGGAGGCCCGGCGGUGGUUUUACGUGAGUGACACGCACGUCACAGAGGUGACUCUGGACAAGGUGCUCAAGGCGCAAGCUUACAUGCUGUUCUACGAGCGAAUUGUGUAAGCGACUGCGGUAGCUUGGGAUGGUGCUCUGUGCACGGGGCUGUGACGGCGCGCGAAUCGUGUCCCUCAGUCUGACCGAGGUGUGAUUUCGGAAAGGUCGUUUUUGAAUUUGCUUUAAUGUGUGUUUAUAUGCUGUAAUAAAGUUCGUGAUAAAAAUGCAGCGUUUCACUCUCCCGUUAUAUUUGAAUGUUCGAGAUAAUGAGUUCAAUCGAGAUGACGAGCCGAAAAGAACAAGUGAAGAUAAGCGACCGGCGAGGGAG